UGGGUGUGUUUAUACGCUCAACACAGCAGUGGUAGCCCUACGCUAUUAAUGGAAUUCGCGAUUUAAUAGCAAGGGAAAAGUGGAUGCUGCCCUGACUAGGACAUUUGCAGACAUGUCGCCGAUCUCUGGGCAACCAUCUCGGGAUAGUGUGCGGCACAGCAUAGCCGGCUAGUACGGAUAUCAUCAACCUCAAGUAUUGAUGCUCUGCCAUCGUGAUCAUCAUUUACUACGUAGCUAUUACUGUCCUCAUCGUGCCGCUUAUCAUGAUACUGCGGGCGGCGCUGGCUCAUCUCGUGCUGCUCUGUGCAGUUUCUGCGCAUGAUGUUCUCAGAUUCACCAUGGGCGUGACAGACCCUGCUCUUGUUCCUGGAGAGCCGUUUAGUUUUACGUGGACAGGAGGUCAGCCAUCGGAACCGGUUUACAUUGUGAGGAAGUAUUAUUUUGGGAAUACUCCAAAUCAAGACAUCCUUUACAGCACAGAAGAUAUUUUGUCGAACGCUCCAAACAAUGGUUCUUGGACUUACAAUGUUCCUCUUGAUAUCUUCCCUGGUCGCUACUCUUUCAGUAUUGGCUACAACCCGUUUAUGCUCUCCGACCAGAGUGGGAUUUUCACCAUUCUUCCAUCUCAAACCUCAAAGGUGACCGAUUCUGCCCCGCCUGCAACGACCAACACAGCCUUCCAGUCCUACAGAGGUUGUGGUCUUCCCCCACUACCAGACUUCACAUAUACGGGGUAUCAACCACCAUGUACAGUCACCUCUUUUGGUCACAUUAGAACCAUAUAUCCGAUCGUGCCAGAGGGACUCAGCGCUUCCUUCUUCGGAACAUCUUACCUGAAUUCAGCACCACCCAUCACGAGCCUCAGUGGUACCAGUACAACUGCCGCUGCGUCUGUGAACACUGCAUUCGCUACAGGCGUGUAUGCACAAGCACUUCAAUGUCCUACGCCAGUCACGCCCAGCACCACGAAACUCACCGCAAGCGGAACAACGACCAUAUUCUCUCUUAUAGGGUGCACGCCGACGUCUAUUCCAAACAACAACGACGCUGGUAUAUGUCACACAAGUGGCUACUCGACAUUCUCCGUCAGCGGGACAACCAGUGUAUGCUGUCCAGGUGGGUGGUCAACCACACCUCUCAACUCAGACCUGUUCUGCUUCACGUCGAUGGCCCAGAUUGAGAGACGAGCUGCCUUGGAUGGUAGACAGGCGUCGACUCAGACUUUAGUAGCUAGUCCAGAUCCUCUGAUUGCGAUUUCUGGAUUGGCUUUUACUCGUGCGGGACUUGUUACGGCUGCAGUUGAUCAGUCAAGUAGCGUUUCGAGCCCAAGUGGAAAACUUUCGACAAGCAAUCUACCUACAGUGACCGGGUCAGCGGCUGCGUCAUCGACGGCGAAGAGUGGCGGUAUUACUUUGAGCCUACGUGCUGAAAAUGUGCAAGUGCUCCUUAUUAUGGUUGGAUUAUUGUAUCUUCUGGCGUGGUGAAGAAGCACCGAGACCUUCCCAGCUGUUUUAGACUGCACGUAAACUCCCAAGACACAGAUAUAAUACACUAAUAAUAAUCAUUAUGUCUUCAGACUUCGACGUGACUUGGCAAUUAACCUACUUCCCCUUCUGAAACUUUCACAGAC